AUGAGCAGCAAGAUCCUCCCAGGCGGCAUCUCCAGUGGCCUGCGCGCGAGCGAUGAGGCCCAGGAUCGUUCCCUGAUCAUGAGCACGAUCCAUCGCUACGCCGCCGUGGCCCGCGAAUCGGCCGACCACGACGAGAUCGCCAAGCUCUUCGUGCCGGACGGGUUCGUGCAGCUUCAAGACGGCCGCAAAGUCAGGCCAAACGAGCUGGGCCAGCUCACCCGCGCCAACGAGCCGAAGCUCCUCAGGCAUCACAUUACGACGGUCGACGUGCAGUUCGCCUCCCCGGGCGAGGUGAACUGCCAGACUUACGUCAUUGCCGGCACUGACGUCAAAUUUCCCGAUCACUGGGGACGUUGGGAUUCUGUUCUGAGGAAGCAGAGCGAUGGGAGGUGGUUGUUCGCAAGUAAAACGCUCGUCACGGACGGAAUAGCACCGGAAGGUUGGCUUGCUAGAACCUUGGAGCUACAGGCUGCUGCAGCUGCUCAAGAAAAGUGA